GUCCUUGUCCUUGGACCCUUGUUGGCUGUCGCAAGCCUUUCUCUUCUCCCACAACGCGGAUAAUGUGGAGGAGAAUGGCAUCAACGACACCGACAUCCACAGCAGCCCUGACUUUCGAGUUGGUUGGGAAGUGUUCAACUACCCGCGCUCGCGCCUCGAUCCUCACCCUCCCUCAUGGUCCCGUCAACCUCCCCAUUUUCAUGCCUGUAGCCACCCAGGCUUCGCUCAAAGGACUUACCCCUGAGCAGCUGGAGGGAACUGGCUGCCGGCUAUGCUUGAACAACACCUACCAUCUCGGCCUCAAGCCCGGGCAGGAGGUAUUAGAUGCUAUUGGCGGUGCGCAUAAGCUGCAGGGAUGGAAUCACAACAUCCUGACAGAUAGCGGCGGCUUCCAGAUGGUCUCGCUACUCAAGCUCGCCACCGUCACCGAAGAGGGAGUACGUUUCCUCUCCCCUCACGACGGUACUCCCAUGCUCCUCAGCCCGGAGCACUCGAUCAGCCUACAAAACACGAUCGGCUCCGACAUCAUCAUGCAGCUAGACGAUGUCCUGGUGACGACGUCCCCGGACAAGGCGCGCAUGCGCGAGGCCAUGGAGCGCUCGGUCCGGUGGCUAGACCGGUGCAUCGCCGCGCACGCGAACCCGACCACACAGAACCUGUUCUGCAUCAUCCAGGGCGGGCUAGACCUCGACCUGCGCCGCGAAUGCACCGACGCCAUGGUCGCCCGCAACACACCCGGCAUCGCCAUCGGCGGGCUGAGCGGCGGCGAGGCCAAGGACGACUACUGCCGCGUCGUCGCCGCCUGCACCGCGAUGCUGCCGGACGGGAAGCCGCGCUACGUCAUGGGCAUCGGAUAUCCCGAGGACCUGGUCGUCAGCGUGGCCUUGGGGGCCGACAUGUUUGACUGCGUGUGGCCCACUCGGACGGCGAGGUUUGGCAACGCGGUGACCAAGACGGGCGUGCUGAAUAUGAAGCAGGCCCGGUUUGCCGACGACUUUGGCCCCGUCGAGGACGGCUGCGGCUGUCCUUGCUGCAGGCCGGCCGGGGAAGAGGGCGCGCUCGGGGUAACCAGGGCCUUCAUCUAUCACAAUGCGGCCAAGGAGACCGUUGCGGCGCACCUGUUGACUAUGCACAAUGUAUGGUAUCAGUUGAACUUGAUGAAGGAGGCGAGAGAGGCAAUUAUUGCCGACAGAUACCCGGCAUUUGUGAGGGAGUUCUUCAGAAACAGACAUUUGGACAAAGAGCAAUACCCGGUAUGGGCAGUGGAUGCGCUGCGAGGCGUCGGGGUCGAUCUAAUACAAGAUUGAAAACACAUUUCAUAAGCCUUUGCAAAUUGUGAUUUACAGAUGAUAUUAGGGAUGGAAGUCAGGGGUUAGAUUGUAAAGGACGUGCGUGCUGUGCGAGUGCUCCUGAUUACGAGCUACUACCCGUAAACACAGAAGCCUGAAACGGUCAAACAUUAUGGCAGUCUUGUUUCUUAUAUUAAGCCAUCAAUACCUCAUAACCCAAUAUCAUUUUAAGGAGAGUUGACAAAUUCCCAUUACCCAUCACCCC